GAAGGCUGACCUGCUGACCGUAGGGAGUGCAUCUGACUUCACAACAGUUUUUCAAGUUGGUUCAAGCAGACAUAGAUUUUCGCACCCGCCCUGUUUAAUUAUAGCAUUGUCUUGACAAUGCAUGGAAAGUGUACUCCAGUCUAAAUACAACAAGACCCGUCAUUAGCGGUCUAACCCCAAGUCGAAGACCAUGGCAGCGGUUGAGCAAGCCUUCAGGGCUGCAGCUGCCGGUUUAGAAUGUGCCUUACCAUCUGGCAUUUAUGAUUCAAGUCCUUGUCAACCAUUGGACUCCCCAACGGAGGAAUUGUACCCUUUGCUCAUUCAGUUACCAGGGGAGCCAAGCGAUGCAAAGGUAGCGUUUGAGAGACAGCUGCAGGUCUUCAUAGGCCAUAUUCAGUUUCUUCAAAACAGUACAGCAGAGGGUGACAUAUCGCCACCUCAUUCAGAGAAUGGAUACCUCCCCCAAUCCACACUGUGUGGGCAGCAUACUGAGAUGAUCAUAAGUUCUCAGACCCGAAAGCGGAAGUUUGCAUGGCUAGAUGACAUCCCCGCCAGUCGUCAAGUGGAUCAUAACCCUGAGUAUGGGUUCGCAAAUGAUGAUCACUAUUCUCUUGUAAAACGGGCUCUCGAUGAACAGAAAGACGAAAUCAAGUUGCCACGGGAAGUCGUUUCGAGCGUUUUCCGUGAACUGCUACGCCACCGCGCAGCAAACAAGCAUCCCGACCACGAGGUGGAUCUUCGGAAACAUCAGCAGAUGAAUAAAGCGUUUCAAACAGCCUUACAAGAGAUCGCAAAGGUCAUUACCAAAGUUGCCAAUGGAGACCUAUCCACCAAAGUCCCGAUUCACCCGUUGGAGAUGGACUCGGAUAUCAUCACCUUCAAGGUCACAAUGAAUGCCAUGCUUGAUCAGCUGCGGGUUUUCGCCAGUGAGGUCUCAAGAGUAGCAUGGGAAGUGGGGACCGAGGGUAUUCUCGGUGGCCAGGCUCAGGUAUCUGGGAUGCACGGCGUAUGGAGAGAAGUGACCGAUAAUGUCAACACCAUGGCGCUGAACCUGACGAACCAGGUUCGAGAGAUUGCAGCGGUCACCACGGCGGUGGCCCACGGGGACCUGAGCCAGAAGAUCGAACGGCCUGCCAAGGGUGAAAUUUUUCUGCUACAGAAUACUUUUAACACGAUGGUAGACCAGCUCCGUACGUUUGCCACUGAGGUUAUUCGUGUCGCCCGAGAUGUGGGCAUUGAAGGGGUUCUUGGUGGGCAAGCGCGGGUAUAUGGUACUCAAGGAAUGUGGAAUGAGCUUACAACGAACGUCAAUGCCAUGGCCAACAAUCUGACUAUGCAGGUCAGGGACAUUGCAACCGUGACCACUGCCGUUGCAAAUGGCGAUCUUACUCAAAAGGUUCGGGCAGACUGUAAAGGAGAGAUACUGGCUCUAAAGAAUAUUAUCAACUCAAUGGUCGACCAGCUCCGCCAGUUCGCUCAGGAGGUGACAAAGAUUGCCAGAGAAGUGGGGACGGAUGGCGUUUUAGGAGGCCAGGCGACCGUCCACGGAGUCGAGGGUGUCUGGAAGGAUCUAACUGAAAGUGUUAACAGGAUGGCAAUGAAUCUCACAAACCAAGUCAGAGAAAUUGCGGAUGUGACCACGGCUGUAGCUCGUGGUGAUCUCAGCAAACGCAUCACUGCCAACGUGAAUGGGGAAAUCUUAAGCCUCAAGGAUACUAUCAACGGGAUGGUCGGUCAGCUGAACCAGUUUGCCUCUGAAGUUUGCAAAGUUGCCCGUGAAGUUGGCGUCGAUGGAACCCUUGGUGGGCAGGCUGUUGUUGCCAACGUUGAAGGAGAGUGGAAAGCCCUGACAGACAACGUCAACAUGAUGGCAGACAAUCUCACGUCGCAGGUCCGGGCCUUUGGACAAAUCACCAAUGCAGCCACUGAUGGCGACUUUAGCAAACUGAUCACUGUCAGCGCCUCCGGCGAAAUGGACGAGCUAAAACAAAAGAUUAACAAAAUGAUAUCCAACCUACGCGACAGCAUCCAGAGGAACACUGCAGCUAGAGAGGCUGCCGAACUUGCCAACCAAAGUAAGUCAGAGUUCUUAGCCAAUAUGAGCCAUGAGAUUAGGACGCCCAUGAACGGAAUUAUUGGCAUGACUCAACUGGCCCUUGAUACCGACGAUUUGCCUCCGCCAACUCGAGAAAUGCUGAACGUGGUCCAUAACCUGGGAAAUAGCCUUUUGGUGAUUAUCGACGAUAUUCUCGAUAUUUCGAAAAUAGAAGCCAACCACAUGAAGAUCGAGUCUGUUCCGUUCAGCUUGGGACAGACCGUUUUCAAGGCUCUCAAAAUCCUUGCCGUUGAAGCCAGUGAGAGAAGCCUCCAUCUUACAUACCACAUAAACAACUCAGUGCGAGACUAUGUGAUCGGCGAUGCCUUCCGUCUAAGGCAGAUUAUUCUGAACCUCAUCGGGAAUGCGAUCAAAUUCACCGAGACGGGGCAAAUCCGGCUUACGAUCAAGGAGGCGGCACCAACCUGCCCUCCGGGCAAGUAUUUACUCGAGUUCUCGGUCUCGGAUACUGGAAUUGGCAUUGACAAGAGCAAACUGGAUUUGAUAUUCGACAAGUUUCAGCAGGCCGAUGGCUCCAUGACACGAAAGUUCGGUGGCACUGGUCUGGGCUUGUCAAUAUCGAAGAAACUGGUGAAUCUCAUGGGAGGAGAUAUAUGGGUCACCUCGGCCGUGGGUGUCGGGAGUACCUUCCACUUCACCUGCGCCUUUACAUCCUUAGAUCCCCCUGUCAAGGACAUUGCCAAAUAUGUCAUACCAUACAAGGGCUGUCGGGUCUUGUUUGUCGAGAAAGCUAAUGAUCAUUGCAACGAAGAAUCAAAAAGGAUUCAACAAAGACUGCAACAAAUGGGCCUUCAUGUGGAUGUCGUGAAGCUUGAGGAUGGCGCUCCACCAACAGAAACCGUUGCUCAGCACGGUAAAGAUGUUCGUCGGCAAUACGAUGUCUUGAUCGCUCCAACCAUGGACUCGGUAUCCCAGCUACGAGAUUUCGACCGGUUCAAGACUCUCCCUGCCGUGCUAGUCUGUCCCGUGGUGUCAGUGGCCAUGAAAUCUGCUUUAGAUCUGGGCAUCACAUCCUAUGUGACAACGCCCUGUAGUCCGAUUGAACUAGUAAACGGUAUCCUUCCCGCGCUGGAAGGUCGCCCUUCUCGCCGUUCGUCGGAUGAAACGCGCCCUUUGGCCAUUUUACUUGCUGAGGACAACGAGGUCAACCAGAAGGUAGCUCUCAAAGUAAUGCAGAGGUAUCACCACAACGUGACAGUCGUCUCGAACGGACAAGAGGCCCUGGAUGAGUUUCGCCACAAGCAGUACGAUGUAAUAUUGAUGGACGUGCAAAUGCCGGUCAUGGGUGGGUUUGAAUCGACUCUUAGAAUCCGAGACUACGAGAAGGUCCAUACACUUCCGCACACCCCAAUCAUCGCCCUCACGGCUCAUGCUAUGUUCGGUGACCGGGAAAAGUGCAUAUCGGCGGGCAUGGACGACUAUCUUCCCAAGCCGCUCAACCAGACGCAAAUGAUGGAGAUGAUUCACAAACAUGCCACCCUUCGGGAUGUCCUAUGUUGAUAGUUACAUCAAAAGUCCACCCUUAUGACUAGACCAGGCGGUCGAUCUCAGGGCUACUUAGUGAUACUCCCACUAAGUUUGACGAUUUUAAUGUGCAUUGACUUGAGGUUAGAUGUAUGAUGGCUGCAAUCUUUUCAUUCUCUUU